AUGUAUCAAAAGAAUAAUCUAACAUGUUUCUUUUUUGAUCAAGUUAAACCACUAAGACAUGAAAUCCGUAGAAAUAAAACAUCUUUGGUGUAUGAUGCAAACAUUAUUGAAAAGAAUAAAGAAGUACAAGCAAAUGCAGAAAAUGUUGAUUUAAAAAAUAACAAUACAAAUGAUCAGUUGUUAAAUGAUACAAAUUGUAAUUAUAGUUCUACGAAGAAUAUUCAUCGUUCUAUAACAUUGACAUCCACAAGAGAAAAACCAACACAUUUAAUAAAUAAGGAAUUAAUUUCAAAACAAUUUGAUUAUUAUACAUGGGUUGAAAUAAGUGGAACAAUUAUGAAAGAUCUUUUAACUUGUUUACAUCAGCAAAAUUUCAAAGAAAUUAAACAUCCUAGAAUAUUAGAUUAUCGUUUGGAUGAAACAUGGGAUGAAUUGAUUUCGAAGGUGGAUCAUUCUCCAAGAGAUUGGCAAUUGCCUGCAAUUAAAAAUGCUUACAAUCUAUGGAUUCAAGAAAAUCCUCCUGAAGUUGAUGCAUAUGGAAUAAAAUUUGAAUCAACCAAAAAAUCACACUCAUCACUUGGUUUUGAAAUUGCUACUACUUAUAUACCUUCACCACGAGGUUCAGUAUUUCGAAAACAAUCAAGCCUUACAAAUAUUGAAAACAUGACUAUUCAUGUGAAAACACCAAAUGAACGAAAAUUAAAUGACAUGCAGUAUACUUCAGAGCGAAUAUCUAAUGCAAAGAAGGUUAAUAAAGAUUAUUCCCCACCAAAAAUUUUACUAAACAAUACGUCUUCAGAAUCUUCAAGAUCAACGCAGAAAUUAGAUAGUUUGAAAGAUUCUCUAAAAUAUUCCUCUGUCAACAAAGAAAAUGAAUCAAGUUUAACAAUCGAGAAAGAAUCAAAAAUUUCUAUUUCACCCAUGAAUCGUCCACAGAUUUCCAGUAAACAUAUUCUGUCUACAGGUAAAUGA